CACACAAAGAUGAUUUCAUCCGUGGUCAUUCCGCAACUUAUGCAUGAGAAGGAAUCGAAAGAGAAGGGGGCCGCACUGGCCCUGCCAUGCGCCAUCGCUCGGCCACGUGCGUGCCACACGAAGCCAGCUCCCACCAACCGCAGCGGGGUACACCUUCACAGUGCAUUCGCGUUACUUCCUGGUGGCACAGGAAUCCCGGCCCCAUCAGAUGAGCCAGGCCCUGGGACAGGGCUGCCUCCCAGAGGUGAGGGUCUGGGCGGCCCCCGCAGGGGCUUCGCAUCCAUCACCAUCACCGCCAGGCGCAUAGGCCCCCCAGCCAGCACCCUGGUGUGGGGGGCCGUUGGGGACCCACCGUGUCCCAAGUGCAGGGUGGACGAUGCUCUGGCUGGGGGGACCCGCCCACCAUGGCGCCAAAGACCUGUGGCCUGCACAGAGUUCUCCAGAAAUGGCUCAGUGGCGAGGCUGAAGGUUCCAGAGCUGCAGGCACGGCCGUGCGAGGGACGUGACUCCUGGGUCACCCACGGGGACCACAGAGAGGACCGCUUUUCCGCCGAAGCCACGCCGUCAGGCCAGGGCCCUCUGGUGUUCAGUUCCUGCGUCCACUUCAGGGUGUCUCAGCAGUGCCCGAAAUCAAUGCACUACCUGGACAAGUCCCUCUUCAUUCCCAUCCAGCCACCUGCCAUGGCCAGCCCUCAGUGGCACAGGUCCGUCCUGUCACUCAACCUCAACUGUAGUUCGCACGGGCUGACAGCAGAUGGAGUAGAUGGCCCAGCUAACGGAGAGCCAAGGCAGAGAGCCCAGAGCCUCCCAAGCCCAGGAUGCAACCCGGCCUUGCAGGAAUGCCACCUGCAGGGGAACCCAGCGGGGGCAGGGCAGGCGCACUUGGGGGCAGGUGCUUGGACAAGCUCUCUGGCGCUGGAGAACACAGAAUUCACAGGUGCGGGAACGGACCAGGGCACUGUCGCGAAAGGGGCUGAGGACCACGUCCCUCACCGACAUGCUCGAGGUCAGGCCAACCAGCUGUCCAUCCACAUUCCGGGCUGGAGUUACACAGCAGUUGAAACAAAAGUAUUCUCUGGAAGCAGCGAGAAGCAGCAAGACGCGCGUGUGAUUCUGUCUGCUCCCCCAGUGGAACAGCAGCUGGAAGGGGACGGCUCUCUGAGCCACGACCUUUCUGAGCCCACAGCGAGACGCCACCAGCCCUUCCUGAACUCCACAAUCCCUUUGCCUCGGUUCCUUUGCCCCUUUCACGAUGUGUGCACGUCUCUGCAGGAAGACAAUGGUGUUCAGAUAGAGAGAGAGUUCCCCACAGGGGACUACACGUGCUGUGACUUGGUUUUGAAAAUAAAGGGAUGUAAGAAGAGUGACAAUGCCACCGCACCUGAGCCCUCGCUGCCGCCGCCACCCUCGCCGCCUCCCACCGAGGGACCCGAGACCCUGGAGCUGUCAGAAAGCUAUCCCAGGGCUCAGCAAACACCUGCCGGCUCCUUGACCCUGCAGGAAGCACUGGAGGUCCGGAAGCCUCAGUUCAUCUCUCGCUCUCAAGAGCGGCUGAAGAAGCUGGAACGCAUGGUGCAGCAGAGAAAAGCGAAGCAGAAGGAAGGGCUGGGCCAGCAGAGCCUCCUUCCCGUCCGUGCCAACAAGAAGCAGUUCACCGUCCCCCAUCCUCUUAGCGAUAACUUGUUCAAACCCAAAGAGAGAUGCAUUUCAGAGAAGGAGAUGCAUAUGCGAUCCAAAAGAAUCUAUAAUAACUUGCCGGAAGUUAAAAAGAAGAAAGAAGAACAAAAGAAAAGGGUGAUCCUACAGAGUAACAGGCUCCGUGCUGAAGUCUUCAAAAAGCAAUUACUGGACCAGCUCCUUCAAAGACACGCAGUGUAA